GCUGUCAUUCAUCCGUGAGCCGAGUGUCUUAACCUCUCUUUAACACUCUGUUUUUCCAAACUCUGUGUGGAACAAUUUGUGAGGUGAAUGUCAGCGAGAUAUAACAGUCAACACACCUUCAGAACGUCCUCCUGCUCUUCAGAACUAUAUCAGGCGCGUGAGAGGCUGAGGACGGUUUUAAUCUUCAGCAACAUGACACUCAAAUCACACUGCACGGAUCAACACACACCAACAGGAUCUCUAUGGACCAGCGGACACUGCAAAAGACAGUACAGCUCUAAAUCGCAGCUUAACUACCUCACAAGAACACAUCCGAUGGACCAGAGGAGGCCCAAACCUCACAGGUUCCACUCCUGCCUGAUGUUUCGCUUAAAGGAGCGUGUGAGAAUGGAGCACAGCCAGCCUGGAGGAGACGUCCAGGAGAGCAAUGAGAGCAGACUGAGGGAACUGGCCCUCAAAUGGUUUACAGAGACCCAGGCGCCUCUGAUUCUCCACAACGGCAACUUCCCAGAAUGGUUCCAGGGAUUUAUCAGCAGAAAGGAUGCAGAGGAGCAUCUGAAAGACAAGGAACUGGGCUGUUUCCUCAUUCGGCUCAGUGAUAAAGCCACUGGAUACAUUCUGUCUUAUAAAGGUCGUGAUCGAUGUCGGCACUUUGUCAUCAAUCAGAAUAAAGAUGGGCGUUUUAUUGUGACGGGUGACACAGAGAUGCAUGAUACUCUCACCAGCCUCAUCGAAUAUUACAAGACCAGACCCAUUGAACCGUUCGGAGAAUAUCUGUCACUCUCAUGCUUUGAGUCGUCCACAAGCGAGCUGUAUGAUGUGAUUAAUUUUGACGUCAGGGAGAAGCCAGGAGUGAGUGUUAAAGCUGCAAAGCAUAUUUGGGACGAUCCGAGCAAGAAACCCCAGGAGACACACGAGCAACCACCUGCCCUGCCGCCCAAAGGACACAGAAACACACCCACAGUGCCGCCAUUGCCAAGAAAAUGCCCUCCUCUGAAAGCCGCCUCCUUUGAAGGAAAGGCCAGCCCAGACAACGUCCUGUACACAGCAGUAGACCUGCAGAAGCCCAGAGAAAAGGCCCGAAUGCCCACAGAGGGCAAAGACAUUUCACUUACGUCUUCUCGAGGGGAACCCCGAGCCCUGAGGCCACAGAAAGGUCCCGCCGCACACCAAGGAACCAUUUACUCUGAGCUCCUAGUGCCGAACUGCAGAAGCCAAUCCCUGCCAUUCCUGGAUGACGACAGUGAAGUAGAAGGACACUUUAAUGGAAGAAGCCAACCUCAACUCUCUUCCCAAAUGCAGAGAGAACCGCUCCGCAAUCCAGGGUUUAGCAACAGCCUGGAAAUAUUAUGUAAUUCGUCUGUUUAUCAAUUAGCUGGAACCCAAGGCAACCAAAACAUGGCAGGGAGCAGAAUGGCAAAGGUCAAUGUGCAGGAAAGCAAUGUUAUGUAUGCCGAGGUGCCUCUUGAACCCGUCCCAAAUGCCUUUCGGGUUGACGACACAUACGAGCAGAUUCCCGACUCACGGUCUACAGUGAGAGCAGAGGAGACAUCACACACUAAUACCUAUGAAACGCUAACAGACUUAAAACCCAAGCAGAUUAUAUCUGCCCGGCCCCUCAAGACUGAGAAAUGGAAAUGGCUGUCCCCUGAAUACUGGAAAAAAUAACCUCCUCAGAUGAACAUCCCCACUGCCGUGAAUCAUGACAUUACACUAAUGAAGAACAGUUAACAAAAUCUACUUCCAUCCACUGAAGCUAUUUCUAAAUUUUGAAUACUAGAAUAGUACAGCUUUUUUGUUUCCACUGGAUUUUUGUAUGUCUAUUUAUGAAAAAUGUGUUACUUUUAAAAUAAUGGCCAAAAAUAUUUAUUAACUUAAUAAAAAUAUCUAGAGUGUCUUUUUUGUGACGUAGACUAGAAUAACAGUAGUUUAUUGGAACUUUUCUUUUAAGAAAAGGAAUUUUAUGUGUUUGAUAUGUAAUAAAAUUAUUAUAUUUUGAAUAGUCAGCCUGUGCCAUUUUAGGUGACUUUAGGGGUUUAUCAUAUUUUCUUGAUAAAAAGCACCACUAGGCCUACUGUACAGCAAUUCUUGUUUCAUCUCAACUUUAUUGACCAUGAACAUAAUUAUUAAUACACUAUGAAGCCGGUAAACUUUACAGUCUUCAAAAUUACCUUAGUAACAGAGAUCAUCUGUGAAGGUGCAUUUCUGUCUUUAUGAGACUCGGUACAAC